AUGGAAAAAAAGAUCGUGUCUCUUAUAGGUCUUGAGUACACAUUUGGCAGUGACUGCCCCGACUCAAUGCCAGAGGAAGAAACAUUACAACAUGAGAUGGAGGCUGGGAUGGAUAUGGUGGAAGUUAUUUCUUUGUCUCAAUGUAAUGAAUACAAGUUGCUUGAGACAGAGAAAGAUCAAGCAUUGCCAGCACCACAAAUUAUAGCAAGUGGCAGCAGAGCUACAGCUGUUGCUUCACCCACUAACCAACAGGACCAAGAGGUAACUUUGCAGUCAGCAGCACCACAAAUAACAGUGAGUGGCAGCAGAGCAGCAGCUGUUAUUACCUCACCACCUACUGUUCAACGAAAGAGGCCCAGAAGGAUAAGGAAUCUGAAUCCUCGCCACUCUGUUGCUGAGCAAGCAAAUAUGGCACGUCAGGAUUUUUUGGCAGUUGCAGAAUCAAAUGCAGAAGCAAUUAGGAUGCUGGCAGUUGCAACUGAAGUGCAAGCAGCGGCUGCCAAAAUGCAAGCAGAGGCGGCAAAAGUGCAGGCAGAGGCGUCUCUUUCGUUAGCACAGGCUGCCAAUAAAAUAGCAGAUGCCUUUAUAUUAUAUAUAAAUAAAAAUAAUAAAUAA